UGAACCGGUCCACCUAGCCCAACCAAACCGGGUACGUUGGCUCGGCUUCAUCUUCCUCGCCACGACCGUUCCUCCUCCCUAGGAUUUCGACCUCCGAGCUUCACUCCCAACACAAGCAUACGAGACCGGCAAUGGCGAGUUUGCCGGUGGUGGCGCUGAACGGAGCAUUGGCCGGACGAGCGUCUCGUGGCUACCUGGAGAGGAAAGCACUGGCGAAGGCUAGGAUCCAGGCGUCGAAGCUCUGCCGCCGGUUCUGCACCCUCGGAUGGGCGUCGAGCGCCGGCGGAGGCAUCGCCGUUGAGGUUCGCCGCGACUCGGUUCCGAGGUCGAACCGCCUCAUCGCCGCGGGACGUCGUCCUGGUGCUCGGAAGGACAGAGUAAUGCCAGAUUACAUGUAUGGAUUGUCUGCUAAUGGAUCGAUCCUGCCUUUGCCGUCUCCUAAGCUGUACUCUAGUAAACCUCCCAGGUGUAUGAGUUGCCUUUCUUUUUGCACAAAGGCCGAGGGGUACCAUUUCCUUUUUAAUGAUGCUCUUGAGCUUCAUCAUCUGGGCCUGAAUAAUUUGAUUCCAAACCAUGGUCUGCAGCAGACUGGCAAAGGAGCUGCAAGUUAUGCAAACAUAAGGACAUAUGUGAAGGCUGGGGCUCUUAAUUCAGAUAACCGCACUGAACCAUUGCCACGCUGCGUUGUUCUAGACAUUGAGGGGACCACCACGCCGAUAUCCUUUGUCACUGAUGUUCUCUUCCCAUAUGCUCGGGAUAAUGUUGGGAGACAUUUGUCUGCGACAUUUGAAACUCCAGAGACUCGUGAUGACAUUAAGUUACUUCGUUCCCAGGUCGAAGAUGACUUAAAACAAGGUGUUCAAGGUGCUGUGCCUAUCCCAGGUGAUGAGGCAGGGAAGGAACAGGUCAUAGCAGCUUUAGUUGCUAAUGUGGAAGCUAUGAUCAAAGCUGAUCGCAAGAUCACUGCUUUAAAGCAAUUGCAAGGUCAUAUUUGGCAGACAGGCUUUGAGAACAAUGAAUUGGAGGGAGUGGUUUUCGAGGAUGUACCAAAGGCUCUCACGAAUUGGCACAGUUUGGGCAUAAAGGUUUAUAUAUAUUCCAGUGGUAGCAGGUUGGCACAAAGGCUUAUAUUUGGCAAAACCAAUUAUGGUGAUUUAAGAAAGUACUUGUGUGGAUUUUUUGACACCUAUGUUGGGAAUAAGAAGGAAACACGAAGUUACAUUGAGAUCUCAGAGUCAUUGGGAGUUGAUAAGCCUUCGGAUGUAUUAUUUCUUACAGAUGUCUAUCAAGAAGCUGUUGCUGCCAAGGAUGCAGGUUUGAAGGUGCUGAUCUUAAUCCGACCAGGAAAUGGACCUCUUCCGGAAAAUCAUGGUUUCAAGACAGUAAGUUCAUUUUUGGAAAUCUGAUGGCACAUGAGGAGUUGUAACUAUAUCACAUGUUACAUGAAUUACUGGCGAUUGUCUGUGCUAAUAUCAAAAUAAAUGGUUAAUUAUUAUA